GUUAUCUCUGACGGUGGUAAGCCGAAACUGGAGGUGGAGUACAAGGGGGAGAAAAAGAGCUUCUUCCCCGAGGAGGUGUCCUCCAUGGUGCUGGUCAAGAUGAAGGAAACGGCGGAGGCGUAUCUCGGCGGAACUGUCAACAACGCCGUUAUCACUGUCCCAGCCUACUUUAACGACUCACAGAGACAAGCAACUAAGGACGCCGGAGUGAUUUCUGGAUUGAAUGUACUCAGAAUCAUCAACGAACCUACUGCAGCUGCUAUAGCCUACGGACUAGAUAAGAAGGUUACCGGAGAAAAGCAUGUUCUUAUCUACGACCUUGGAGGAGGAACCUUUGAUGUUUCCAUCCUAACCAUCGAGGACGGUAUCUUCGAGGUUAAAUCCACCAGUGGAGAUACGCAUCUAGGUGGAGAGGAUUUUGAUAACAGGAUGGUUAAUCAUUUUACAACUGAAUUCAAGAGAAAGCAUAAGAAGGAUAUUAGUGAUAAUAAGCGAGCUAUCAGACGUCUACGCACAGCAUGUGAACGAGCUAAGAGAACUCUGUCCGCCUCUUCUCAAGCUAAUAUUGAGAUUGAUUCUCUCUUUGAAGGAAUUGAUUUCUAUACUAGCAUUACUAGAGCUAGGUUUGAAGAACUCAAUGCAGAUCUGUUCAGAGGUACAAUGGAUCCUGUAGAGAAAUCUCUGAGAGAUGCAAAGAUGGAUAAAUCUGAUAUCCAUGAGAUAGUGCUUGUUGGGGGUUCUACCAGAAUACCUAAGAUUCAGAAGCUUUUGCAAGAUUUCUUCAGUGGGAAAGAGUUGAACAAAUCAAUCAACCCUGAUGAAGCAGUGGCAUAUGGAGCUGCUGUUCAAGCUGCUAUUCUCUCCGGAGAUAAGUCGGAAGAAGUACAAGACCUGCUUCUUCUUGACGUCUCUCCUCUUUCUCUGGGUAUAGAAACUGCUGGAGGUGUUAUGACCUCCUUGAUCAAGAGAAACACCACCAUCCCAACCAAACAAACUCAAACCUUCACAACCUACAGUGAUAAUCAACCUGGAGUGCUUAUACAAGUAUAUGAGGGGGAACGAGCAAUGACUAAGGACAACAAUCUGCUGGGGAAGUUUGAGUUGACCGGUAUUCCUCCAGCUCCCCGGGGAGUUCCACAGAUUGAGGUCACAUUUGACAUUGAUGCCAACGGAAUCCUCAAUGUCUCUGCCAUGGAUAAAUCUACAGGAAAAGAGAAUAAGAUCACAAUCACUAAUGACAAAGGAAGACUGUCUAAGGAGGAUAUUGAAAAGAUGGUGAAUGAUGCUGAGGCCUACAAAGCUGAAGACGAUAAGCAAAGAGAGAGGAUUGGAGCAAAGAAUAAUCUAGAAAGCUACUGCUUCAAUAUGAAAUCAACCCUAGAGGAGGAUAAGGUGAAGGAUAAAAUCCCUGCCUCGGAUUGCAAGCUGAUUAAUGACAAGUGUGAUGACACUAUCAAGUGGUUGGAUGCUAACCAGACAGCUGAGAAGGAUGAGUUUGAAGAUAAACAGAAGGAGCUGGAGCAAAUCUUUAAUCCUAUUAUUCAGAAACUGUAUGGAGGAGCAGGGGGAGCAGGAGGAGCUGGAGCUGCAGGAGCAGGAGGAGCUACUGGAGCAGGAGGGGCUGGACCAACCAUCGAGGAGGUUGAUUAAAUCAUAUUGAUUAAUCUACUGCGGCUGGCGUUUUUAUCAAUAAAAUAAUGACGACUUUCUAUUGCAGUACUUUUUCCAACAAACUUAAAAAUAAAGUCUUCAUAGCUUUAUAUUGAUAAAAAUACCAAUUACU